AUGGCGCCUCAAAAACCCUCAAGCAGUAAACACUCCAAGAAGAAACAAGACUCAUCUCUUCCUCCUGUACAUGAUUUAAAAGGGCCAAUGACCAUUGGAAAUCAACAGUAUGUUCCGGAACCUCCAAAUGAAAAGGAAAAAGACUGCAUCUAUAAAUCUCAGGUAAGUCGAAAACCCUCAACAAUCCAAAAGAAGAAGAGUGAAGAGGAGAGAAAAGAGGAUAAAGUCCCUAGUGAAGAGUCUGGUGAUGAAUCUCCAGAGUUAGUCCCUCCUCCUCAGAAGAAAAAGAAACUCACGAAGGUUUCUUCCCAAAGGUCCAUCGUCAACCCAAUCAGGAAGGAUUCUGCCAGUACUUCUCCUGCCAAGCCUCAGUCGAAAGAUACGGGGAGUGGAAAAUCCGGUUUUAACACUGAAAUUCCUGAGGAACAAGUGGCUGUCGAAGGAGCGUCUGAGAAAAUUUUGGAGGAAAUAGCGCCAGAGGAAGAUAUCCCCGCCAGUGACCAUGACAUGCAAACCAUAGAAGAAUUCGACACUACAGUGGGUGAAGCUUCUGAAGAUGAAUCUCCUCCUCAUCCAGGAUUACAUGUUGCACCUCAGGGCGAUGAUAUUGAAAUGGAGGUUGUAGUCGAAGAUGAUCCUGAAGAUGGAGCUGCCAGAGAUGGGGACAACCAGUUGAAACGAACAGAGGUUGAGCCUACUUCGACGCGAAACACUCCACCUGCUCCUGACCGGGCCCAAGUGAGUGGCAAAUCAACUGGUUCGACCAGUUUUUCUCGCGAGGAGCUUGAGAAUCUCAAAGUGCAAAGACCUUUGGAGUAUCUGAAAGCCAUGCUUAGCACCCGUUUCAAUUUUCAGGAUUCUUCGCAGAGUAGUUCGACCACUUCUGGGGCAACUUCUGAAGCACCAUCACUUGGCAACCUCCUGACCAAAAUCAAAACGAAAAUCCUUGAUGUCGAUUUGUUUAAAGUCUUGGAAGAAAAUUCCCUUGCACAAAUUGGUCUUAAGAAAAUUCUAAAGCAAUCUACUGUUGAUACACCUCAGCAGAUGGUUAUUAAUGACCGGUCCCACCUCAGUCCAAACUUACAACCUGUCAUGAAUGACCUUUCACAAAUGUCCCACUCUAGCACUUUGUUGGAUGCACAUAGGUCUAAUAAUCAAACUAUUCCUAUCAUAACUUCUUUAACACCUUUAUCAUUACCUGAUGGACAAUCCCAUGUUCCCCCUGCUACAACUAUUUCCCCUGCUAUAAUUGUUUCCCCUGUUGUACCAAUCACAACACAACAACCUGCUACCACUGAACAACCACAUGUCCCUUUACCUGAACCAGAGCCAACAAAUAAUGCUGAAAUGUUACAUAAUCGAAAUUCUACUAGAGUUUCUCAUCCUCCAAGUUAUCUUGCAGAUUACCAUUGCUAUAACACCAUACAUCAUUCUCCUAUCUCUCUCUUAAAACCAAACCAAAACUUUCCACUGUUGCAUAUCCCUUAUCCUCUGUGUUGA